GCUCUCACUGGGGACAGCUGGGGGCAGACAGGAGCCCACAGCAUCCGCUGAGGCCCAGCCCUGGGCCGCCCCCAGGACUCCAGGCCUGGCAUGGUUCAGGAGCCCAUGGGAAACUGUGCCAAACGGCCUCGACAUCGGGGGCCUAAGGAGCGCUGGCAGUGGCCCAGCUCCCCCCCAGGGCGCUCCCACCACAGCCCCGGCCCCGGCCCCAGCCCCGAGGAGCGGGGGGACCCUGGGCCGGGCAUCCAGGGUUACUCGGUGCUCAGCAGCCUGGUGGGGCCCGCCUGCAUCUUCCUGCGGCCCAGCAUCGCGGCCACCCAGCUCGACCGGGAGCUGCGGCCAGAGGAGAUCGAAGAGCUGCAGAUCGCCUUCCAGGAGUUUGACCGAGACCGUGACGGCUACAUCGGCUACCGGGAGCUGGGCGCCUGCAUGCGGACCCUGGGCUACAUGCCCACUGAGAUGGAACUCAUCGAGAUUUCACAGCAAAUCAGUACGUGCCUCAGACCUGCCCCAAGCCCAGUUCUCCAGGGGCCAUGGCCAUGGCUUGAGCAGCUGGGCGGCCCAGGGAAGAGAGAUGCCUCCACAGGUGGCGGGAAGGUGGACUUUGAGGACUUCGUCGAGCUGAUGGGCCCCAAGCUGCUGGCAGAGACGGCAGACAUGAUCGGCGUCAGGGAGCUUCGAGAUGCCUUUCGGGAGUUCGACACCAACGGGGAUGGCCGCAUCAGCUUGGGUGAGCUGCGGGCAGCCCUCAAGGCCCUGCUGGGGGAGCGCCUCAGCCAGCGGGAGGUGGACGAGGUCCUCCACGACAUUGACCUCAACGGGGACGGCCUGGUGGACUUUGAAGAGUUUGUGCGAAUGAUGUCUCGCUGAGUCUGCACCGAAGCUGGAGGCAGGAGACGGGACUUGGGACCACAGCCACUGCCUGCCAGCGUGCGCCCGGAAACCCUCUGCUCCCAGCUGACCCUCCCCCCCCCACCGACCGCCUCCCUACCCUGCCUGUGGGCAACACCCUGUCCCGCCCUCACCCUCACCCCCGCUUCCCCACCAAGCCCCACUGCCCGUCCCUGUCUCUCUGAGAGUAAAGUGUCUUGGAGCCUGA